UUGUACCGGGGUAAUAUUUCGGCCUAGGUUAUUUGUAACGUGGGAUGGGGUAUGAUGGUUGCAAAAUAGACCAUACUAAGGGACAUGGGGGGCAGGCAAGGGACCCGCAACGGCAUCGCGUUCUCGCGCUCUGCGACUUGACAGGCGACUUUUCUGAUUCAAGCUGACUGACUGCCUGGUGAGUGGGGUCCCAGCGAAUAACCAGAUGGCAAAAAUAAGGGUGUUAACCAACCUGGAAUAUUCGGGGAAUUUAUCAUCAGUUUAUUAUGAUCGAUUGUGCUAGGGCCCUGUAGCGCUAUAUAUUUCUUUGUGUCCCGUGGCAUGCCUUUCUUUUUGCUAUCCGGCUGACAGAAAGCCGUUACGGAUCCUACAAAGACUCGCUUGCCUACGACGGACUGUAAACAAGAUAUUUUCCUGCCCUAGCUGUUUAUUUCACCAGAGGAUUAGCCGGACAAACAGCAGCACCAGAGCCGACUCUGCCUGUCCUCCAGCCGGGGGUGGCUGGCUAACCUGUCAUCCAACAUGGAGAAACUCGACGAGGAGAAACUCGGAGCCCAGUCUAAGUUAGACGCCGACCGGGAAAGUAGAGCUGAAUCCCUCGAAGCGCCGAGCCGGUCGAGCGUGUAUCGUGCGCGCUCUACUUCCAUCGCGCGCACACGGUCCAACAACGGACACGGAGUCGCGGAUCUCGAAGAGGACCCCUCGGCCGAUGACACACUUGCCCCCAACCGGCCUGACGGCGAAAAGGACCCGUUCGAGGUAGCCUGGGAUGGCGACGAUGAUCCACUAUGUCCUCGGAGUAUGAGUAAACCUCGUAGAUGGAUGGCGGUGAUAGUUGUUGGUAUGGGGAGUUUCUGUGUGACCUGUACGAGUUCGAUCUAUGCGUCAAUGUAUGGGCAGAUGAAUCCGGAGCUCCACAUGUCGAGCAUCGUCGGCACGCUCGGCCUGUCGCUCUUCGUCCUCGGCAUUGCUCUUGGCCCGUUGCUUAUGAGCCCCCUGAGCGAAUUCGUCGGUCGCCGUCCGAUCUACCUCGCGUCUUGGGGCAUGUUUCUGAUCUGGCUAAUCCCUAGCGCUGUCGCUCGCAACGCCGAGACUAUGUUGGUAGCGCGAUUCAUCGACGGUUUCGCUGGGAGCUCAUUCCUUAGUGUCGCCGGCGGUACUGUCAGCGACAUGUUCAAGCGGCACGAGAUCCAAGGGCCGAUGGUUAUCAUGUCGUUAAGUCCUUUCGUCGGCCCCAGCUUCGGCCCGCUGUUUGGAGGAUUCAUAAAUUAUAACACGAGCUGGAGGUGGACGUACUACGUACUCAUCAUCUGGGCCUUUUUCCUCUACAUGAUGAUCAUCUUCUUUGCUCCCGAGACGUACCACCCUAUCAAGCUACGGGAUAAGGCUAGGCUGCUGAGAAAAGAGACGGGGGAUGAGCGUUGGAGAGCGCCAAUGGAGAAGUCGACGAAGUCUGUCGUGGAGACCAUCGGGUACUCCCUGCUACGGCCAUUCCAGCUGCUGCUAUUUGAGCCGAUGUGUCUGCUGCUCUGCCUAUUCUCCGCCUUAUUGCUCGGGGUUCUCUAUCUGUUCUUCGGGGCGUUCCCGCUGGUCUUUGGCCAGAACUACGGCUUCAACCUGUGGCAGAAUGGCCUGUCCUUCCUCGGCAUCUUCGUGGGCAUGAUCCUCUACUCCUUGACCGACCCGCUCUGGCGUCGCAUAUAUCUCCGCCUCAUUGCGCAGAACAACGGCGCCCCCGAGCCGGAAUUCCGCCUGCCGCCUGCGAUCGCGGGCGCGUUCUUGUGUCCUAUCGGGCUUUUUAUUUUCGCGUGGACCGCCUUUCCCUGGGUCCAUUGGAUAGUGCCCAUCAUCGGGUCUGGGAUAUUCGGCUGUGGUACGCUGAUGGUAUUCACCGGGAUAUUCACCUUCCUGGUGGAUGCAUACCCGCACUUCGCGGCUUCGGCCAUGGCUGCCAACAGCUUUACUCGGUGUGUUUUUGCCGCCGCAUUCCCUCUCUUCGGCAUACAGAUGUACCACAAGCUCGGCUUCCAGUGGGGAUCAAGCCUGCUGGCCUUCCUCACGGUUGCGAUGCUACCGUUCCCCUACCUGUUCUUCCGAUACGGAAAACAGAUUCGCAAGAACAGCAGGUUUUCGCAGUAGACACGCGCAGGCAGAUUGCCCGCCUUGGAGAUGUUAAGCGAUGUACGGAUAGACGCCGACAAUGAGCACCAAUGACGUCCUUGGAUAGACGUGUAUCAUAAAGAUAGAUACCAUGUAUAUAGAACCACCCGAGGCACCUAUUCUCACUAUCGAUCCCGUCGAAAGGAAGGCCGUGGCAAGCAACGAGGUUGAGGCUCAUGGUAACUACCUAUAGCCAUAGCCUGUAGCUUAGCUACCUUGGGUACUUUGAAAGCUGCCAUCUGUACGCUCCAGCAGCUACUGCAGUCUGCAAGGAGAGGAAGCUAUCAAGAAGAACCUACGGUUGGCAGUAUACGAGAGCCGGUUCCCAAGAUAGGAGACUUUGAACCAACCAAAUGAAUGCGCUUCUUGAGGACAUGCGACCUGUCCGAGAAAGCGGAGGGGCAAGCACAGGAGUCCUCCGGGACACCAACCUGCCUGGCACUCACUCUACUUCUGACUCUACCGUCAAGCGAAUUGUUACCCGUCUCUCUCAGCCACAAUUACCUAGGCGGGCCAACACCAUAACUCGCGUUCCCUCCUCUAGCACGGGCCGCCAACGGCAAUGGCAAACAGCGCGCGAAUGACGGCGGCCCUCCUCCUCGGCCGCCACAGCAGUAGCAGCAACGACGCCGCAUCUGGGACGGACGCCUUGUUCUGAGAAUUGACAGGUCCCCUACGGAG